AUGAAAUUGCCAGUCCUGCCGACCUUUAACGGGGAAGGGGAUCCCCGAGAUCACACAUCCAGAUUCACAGCCACAAUGGGGCUACUCAGCGUAUCAGACGCCAUUUUAUGCAGGGUUUUUUCCACCACGCUCACAGGCACAGCCCAGAGAUGGUAUAACAAAUUGAAGCCAGGAUCAAUCAAGAGCUUUUCUUCGCUCUCAACAGAAUUUCUCAACAGAUACCUCACAAACAUACCGGCAAAAACUAUCACCAGCAUCCUGAGAUCCUGCAUCCAAGAAGAGGGAGAAACCUUACGAAGCUACAUUGAACGAUUCAACAAGCAAGCUAUGAAGAUUGACAACCUGAACGUCAAUAUGGCGACUGAAGCGUUACGAGAAGGAACACGAUUUGGAAAACUGGUGGAUAAGCUGCUAAGAUUUGAAGGUCGAGAUCGAAAGAAUGAGCGACACAGGCGAGCUAAGGAAAUUCGUGGCCCGAAAAAGAGAAGAGCAAUGACAAAGGAGAAAAAAGAAUCAGAGAGGACAAACCAAAGGAAAAAGAAGAUGAAAGCCCUUCCAAAGUACUAG